AAAGCCAGCCCAAGUGCCCAAACUUCUCUUCGUCUUCGGAAGACUAAAGAAUUUCUUAGCAACAUAAUCAUCAUUUUCUGUCUGACCAACAAAACCAAAACCUGUCAUCCUCAGAGCCGCCCCUUCCCUUUAUCUCAAGAAAAGAUGUACUGUACUACUUCGAGAAAGUUAUUCGGAGGGGUUUGAAAUAGGGAAAGAGAGAGAGAUUAAAAGAAUUUCUGUUGCUUCCCAUUCUUUUAUAUUCUUCUCUUGUCCUUACCUUAAGACUAAACCUUGUGGUUUUCGCAAGCUCUUUAAUUUUCGUGACAGUAAGAGUUCCCUCCUCCUGUCUUUUACUCCUAACUUCCUCAUUAAGAGAGAGGCCAUUUCUUGAUUAAAUACGGAGAUAGAAGCAGAUAAGUAUGGAGAUGAUGUAUUAUCAGCUGGGGAGGUCUUCAUAUCAUGAUUCCCUUAAAGUUCUGGAGGCUGAUAUACAGCACGCUAAUGCUCUGGCUGCUGAAAUUCCUAGAGCAAAAGGCGGAGCGCGCCUUCAAAUGAAGUUAGUUUACAAUCACUUAGCACCUCUCUUUCUGUUCUUACUUCAAUGGAUGGAUUGUUCCUGCACAUGUCUGCUUCCAAGAUAUCUAAAUCUUUUCCAUGUACUUAUCUAUAAGGUUUACACAGAUGGGAGACCAAGAAUAUCUAGACAUGGAAGGAAAGCAACUGUUAAUGACUUCUACGCAAUUAUACUACCAUCACUGCAGCGACUUCAUGGAGACUUAGUAGAGGUUGAUGAUGCAACAGAAAGGAAUUGUGCCCUUAAAAACAUUGGCAAGAAACGACUGGAAGGCGGUACUGGAUUUACCAACUUUGACUUGGAGAGGGAAGAUGAAUGUGGAAUCUGCUUAGAGCCGUGUACCAAAAUGGUGUUGCCUAACUGCUGUCAUGCUAUGUGCAUCAAUUGCUACCGCGAUUGGAACACUAGGUCUGAAUCUUGCCCGUUUUGUCGUGGUAGCAUAAAGAGAGUCAAGUCGAGAGAUUUAUGGGUUCUUACCUGCAGUGAUGAUGUAGUCGACGCGGAUACCGUCUCGAAAGAAGACUUGUUGCGUUUCUAUCUGUACAUUAACAGCCUGCCCAAGGACUCCCCUGAUGCUCUAUUCUUGAUGUAUUACGAGUAUUUAAUAUGAUUUGAUGAAGCAAACUUGGAGAGCAACCCUGUACAUGUAGAAUAGGCAGACCAUCAAACUGUAAAUAGAGUCUGGAAACAGGAAUUCUCUUAGUUUCACAUCAAAAUAACCACCACUUUAUUUUGGUUGUGGUGUUGUGUAGGAUGCGUUAAACGAUAUUUAGUUGUUUAUUUUCUGAUGCUCUGUCUUCACUUGUGAUUCACGAAUUAGGAAAAACAUAGGCUUGUUGUUUGUUUGUAUUGGA